AUGGCCUCUGGCGGGGCGCCUUCCAUGAGCCCGACGAGCCCCGUCAGCUCAAGGCAUGGCGUCGCCCCCAAGCGCAAGAGGAGCACCGGCCUGACGACGGUCGAGAGCAGCCCUGGGAGCUUCGUCGAUGAGAAUCAGUGCGAUGCCGACAAGAAACGCCAGCCCGGUGUCAAACGCGCCUGCAAUGAAUGUCGCCAGCAAAAGCUGCGCUGCGAUGUCAUCCAGGACCCCUUCCAGAGCUGCACGCGCUGCAGACGGCUGAAACUCGAAUGCAAGAUCGAGUCCAACUUUAAGCGCGUCGGGAAGCGUUCCAAGCAUGCCGAGAUGGAAAAGGAGAUCGAGCGCCUCCGCCGCAGCGUCGCCCGGGCCAAGACGCAGGGUUUCGCUGCCCCCGACGACGACGACGACGAGCACAUCAUGUCUACCGCCCACAGCACACCGUACAUGCACACGCGCAAUCCCUCCCUCAUGGGAUCCGACGAGGCCGUCUCGUCCCUGCUGCACCUCAAGAGGGGAGGCGCCUACGCCGCUGCGCCGCAGUACGCCUACGACCUGGACGGCGUGCGUCUGACCGAGGACGACGUCAACCACCUCUUCAACGAGUACUUUGCCUUCUACCACCCCUUCCUACCCUUCCUGAGCCCGCACCAGGCCCCGGACCAGUACUACCAGCAGCACGCGCUUCUGUUCUGGACCAUAGUCGCCGUGGCCGCCCGCCGCUACAGCCCGCCCAACGCCCCUGAUCUGCUGAAGAACCUGUCGAGUCCGCUGACGAGGUUCCUGUGGACGACGAUCGGCGAGGUCCCCAGCAGCUACUACGUGGUCAAGGCCAUGUGCCUUCUGGGCGCGUGGCCGCUACCCACCAGCACCAGCACCUCGGACCCCACCCACAUCCUCUGCGGCGUCAUGAUGAAGACGGCAACGGGCAUCGGCCUCCACCGGCCGAACCACAUCCAAGACUUCUCCCGCGUAUCGGUCGAGCUCGACAGCGAGCAGCUCAACGACCGGGUGACCACCUGGGCCGUGUGCAACAUUGUGGCGCAGAAUAUCGGCACAGGCUACGGCCAACCCGCCUCGACCCUGUACGACUGGACCCUCGCCGCCCGACCGGGCGACGACAAUGCGCUCAAGCUGACCCCGGAGCUGGAGGCUCGGCUCCAGAUCGAGCGAUUCUGCGACAAGGUCUCCAAGGAGAUGUACAGCAAUGCUAGCGAUCCCCGCGGCGUCGCAGGCGACGAGCACAGGGCCAUGCUGAUGCGCGUGUACCGGCGGGACUACGCCGAGCUCCACGCCAGCAUCAUGUCUCAACGGCUGGGACCGGUGGUGAACAUCCACCUGCGUGCGGCCGCGCUCCACAUGAGGCUGGCCGGCUUCUUCGACUCCAGCACGACGCCGGGAUACAUGGAUGACCUCAUGGGACUGUGGCGAGCCGCGUCGAGCUUCCUGGACGAGGUCCUCGGCCUGGAGAAGAACAAGGCGGCCGGUUCGCUGAAGCCCAGGGGCACGCUGCUGCAGUACACGACCAACUACAUCCAGCAGAUGCUCGUGGCGGCCGGCUUCACGAUCCUCAAGCUCAUCCGGUCCUUCUUCGCCAAGACGAUCGACUUCCAGCGGGGCCGGACCCUCUUCCACUCGACGGUGGCCGCCAUCCGCAGGACGAGUGUGGUGCACAACGACCUGCAGUGGCGGCUGGCGGAGCUGAUGGUUCAGAUGUGGAACGGCGCGCGCCUCGACACCGCCCACCACGCGGUGAAUCCGCAGGACGACUCGCCCGUCAACGUCGACGACAGCCUGCAGCUCAAGGUCCGCUGCCGGCACAGCAUGAGCCUGGUGUUCGACUCGGUGUGGCGUUGGCGGGAAGAGUACCAGGCCAUAGGCCGGGGAUCCCUCGAAGGUGAGCAGCAGCAGAUGCCAGCACCCUCCCUCCCCCCCCGGUCCCCCGGCCAGAACAUGCGUGGACGGUCCGGGACCGCUAGACCUGACGAUGCUAACUCGGCAGAAGCAGCGCUCAAGCAGCCGACGAACCCCGAUUCGGCCAACGAGUCGUCGUCCUCGUCCAGCCACCUCGACAGCACCCUGAUGGCAUCGCAGGGACUCACCUCUGGCGGGCUCAACUCGAACGGCACCCUGACGCCCGGCGGCGCCGGUGCGGUCUCGACCAGCUCGUCGGCAGCGCCUAGCGUGAUGGGCAGCCUGAGCUACGGGGAGACAAACUACGACUUUUUCGACCCUCAGAACUGGAUGCUCGACGGCCUCUUGGAUUUCAACUAUAACGCCUAUGCGCAACCGUUGGAGGGAGCGUGA